AUGUUUGUCCUGUCACCAAAUAAGUCUCCCAAUAAACGAGAGACCGACCAUGAUGAACUCGAGGCGAAGCGUAUGAGACUAGAUAUAAACUCAGAUGCUCCGGAUGAUACAUUGACCCCAACGUCUUCUCCACUGGACCCAGAGAAGGUGUCGAAACAGAAACUAAAGAAACAGUUGGACGAAGAGCGCAAAUUGAAACGAGAACAAGAAAUGAUAGAACGCAAGCUUCGUAAGGAGCGAGAAGAAGAAGAAAAACGCGCUAGGAAAGAGAAACACGAGGCUGAACUGCGAGCUAAGAGAGAACAAAAGGAACGCGAAAAGCUGGAGAAACAGCAAAAGAGAGAGGCUGAAGCAAAGCUUCGCGAGCAAAAAAGACUACAAGAGAAAGAGGAGAAAGCUAGGCGUCGUGCAGAACAAGAGGACGAGAAAGCGCGCAAAAGAGCUGAGCUGGAAGAGAAGGCUCGAAAGAAAUUGGAAGCUGAACUGGAAAAGCAAAGACUGAAAGAGUUGGAGGAGCAGAAGCUCAAGAAGCAAUCAAUUACUAACUUCUUCAAACCCAAAGAUUCCAAGGCCAUUAUCAGCAGCAGUCCUAUAAAGGCAGAGCUCCAAGAGAUUGGUGUGAGCGACUAUCACAAGUACUUUUUACCCUUCAACAUCCGAUCUGGCGUUCGCAUGGCACAUGACAGCCUACGUCAAAGCGAUGAUCUGGAUAAGUUCUUAAGUGGGGAGAAGACUGAAAAGGAGUCUUUCCAGGACUCUUUGGUCCGUGUGGAGCACGCACCUCCUUCCUUUGCCAGCGCAUCAGAAAUAAUUCAGACAUACAACAUGGGGAUGACUAAAGAAGCACAAGAAAUGUUGGACAAAGUCCCCCAAAAAUAUCUCUCGUACUACGAGAAUGGAAAGGUACCUUACCUGGGAACAUAUUCGAUCCAGGUGACCAGCUUGGGAUUCGAGUUGGAAACUAAUCCUUUCACAAAAGUUUCUUCAGAUGUGAUUAAGAUCAAUUAUGAAUUUGACUCGGAUUUGGAAGAUGAUGAGGACGACGAAGAAGGUGAAGACGUUGAUUGCGACAACGAGUCUGAUGAGAGCGAUGAUGGUCAGUCGGACGAGACUUCAGAUAUCGAGCAGUUUGUCGAAACAGAUGAAAACGGAGUUGCCACCAAGAAAGCAGUCAUUGGUCCGUUAGUCCCUGUUGUAAGCUGCUUGGGACAACCGAUCAACGAACAAGAUCAGUUUUCACAGUACUUCAAUUCUCUAAAGUAUGAGCGUCUGUGCGAAUCUGCUAAUUUGCCGAUCGAUCCACUCUUCAAUUACUGGGAAGAGGAAGUACAAGAAGCUCAGACAGUUACGAAGGUAAUUGAAGACAACAAGAAUCAGGCUUCAUCUGCUCCACAGCAGAAUGCCACAAUGACAAUCAAGAAGAAGCUGAUAACCGAAUCGAGUCACUUGGCCAAGUUGACAGCGUUCAUCAUGGAAAACAGCGAUUUCUCCAUCAAUACCAUGACCGAGAUAGCACAGAAACAGAUUUUGUCGGACUACUCGAAAGCUGUGGUUAAAAACAGCAUUAAAGAGCUUGCAAACUUCGAUAAGAAAACCAAUAAAUGGGCCAUAAAAGAACAAGCCCAAAGUGUUUGA